AUACAGACUGCUUCUACAAACAUUUGUGAAAGAAUGGGUCGCUCUCAGGAGCUCAGUGAAUUCAAGCGUGGUACUGUGAUAGGUUGCCACCUGUGCAAUAAGUCCAUCCAUGAAAUUUCCUUACUACUAAAUAUUCCACGGUCAACUGUUAGUGGUGUUAUAACAAAGUGGAAGCAACUGGGAACAACAUCAACUCAGCCACCAAGUGGUAGACCACGUAAAAUGACAGAGUGGGGUCAGCGCAUGCUGAAGCGCACAGUGCAGAGAAGUCGCCAACUGUCUGCAGAAGUCAAUAGCUAAAGACCUCCAAACUUCAUGUGGCCUUCAGAUUGGCACAACAACAGUGUGUAGAGAGCUUCAUGGAAUGGGU